AAGCUGAACGCAGAGCAGCGCUGAGCACUGACAGUCUGGCGUGGCUGCAGAGGAGCGACAUAUGGCAGAGACUACACGAUGUAAACACCGGCUAACAGCUCUUCCGUUGGGCUAGAAGGAAAAGCAGCACUCCUCCCCGGCAGGAAAAGCGAGUUGAGCUGAAGAAGAGAGAUGAGUGAAGCGGCGUGGUGAGGUUUUUCGCGCUGACCUGCAGCCUUUGAUUCCCUACGGCAUGAUUCCCGCGUCUGACAGCUCGCCCGGUGAGAAGGAGAGCUCCUCAUGGGAUGUUGGACGACAGGUUUCAGCUUCGGACACCUGAGAGCGCAGUCCAGGGUGUCCGUGUUCCUCACCAUGCUCCUUCUCUUCACCUACGUCUUCUACUGUCUCACCGGCUGCUGCGACCUGACGCCGAGUCCGCUGUACGAGCGGCAAACUUUCAGAAACAAACUCUCCUCAGAGGAGCUCCGCGGAAACGCCUCGAGGCAGGGCUCAGUGGACGGCGCUGCCGAGGAGGAGGACACGAAGCACGCGCCGAGCGACAGCUCCAACCUGUCCAUGGCCAACAGCUUCGGCAGCAAGGAGCUCCCUCAGGCCAUCAUCAUCGGCGUGAAGAAGGGCGGCACGAGGGCGCUGCUGGAGUUCCUGCGCGUGCACCCCGAUGUCAGAGCCGUGGGGGCGGAGCCUCACUUCUUCGACAGGUUUUACGAUAAGGGGCUCGAGUGGUACAGGAAUCUAAUGCCCCGUACCUUGGAAGGACAAAUCACAAUGGAGAAGACCCCCAGCUACUUUGUCACACGAGAAGCCCCUGCUCGUGUCUUUGCAAUGAGCCGUCACACCAAACUCAUUGUGGUGGUCCGAGACCCCGUCACCCGGGCUGUUUCGGACUACACCCAGACUCUAUCCAAAAACCCUGGACUGCCCUCCUUUCAGAACCUGGUCUUCAAGAACUCCACCACAGGUUUGAUCGACACGUCGUGGAGCGCUGUGCGGAUCGGCAUCUACGCCAAGCACCUGGAGAACUGGCUCCGGUACUUUCCGCUCUCGCGGUUACUCUUUGUCAGCGGGGAGAGACUUGUGACGGACCCAGCAGGUGAGAUGGGGAGAGUGCAGGACUUUCUGGGCUUAAAGCGGGUGGUCACCAACAAGCACUUCUACUUCAACCAGACUAAAGGCUUUCCUUGCUUAAAAAAGCCUGAAGGAAGCAGUAGGCCAAGGUGUCUGGGCAAAUCUAAAGGUAGAGCUCAUCCUCAGAUACCGUCUGAAGUGCUGCUGAGGCUCAGAGACUUCUAUAGACCCUUCAAUCUGAAGCUCUACCAGAUGACGGGUCAGAACUUUGGCUGGGAAUGAAAAGUCAAACAGGUCUAGGUUUGUCUGCCAAUUAUAUUAGUAUUUGAGUGACCUACACUCUCAAAAAUAAAAGCUGGGCCCAUCUGUUCUGAAAAAAAAAACUGAACUGAUAUAGAUCCUUUAGAUUAUGUGGAGGUUCUUCAGUCCUGUUCUUCAGAAUUAAUGGGGAAUUUCUCAUUUUCUUUUUUUUUUUUUUUUACAUAAUUAAAUUUUUCAAAUGUUAUAAACAAAGUCAUUCUGAGUGUUUUGAUGUGAAAUGUGCCUUUCUAGAGAAACUUCAGAACUGUUUAUAGUGAUAUUUAUGACAUCUGAAGUGUUUAAUGCUUCUAAAAAUGGCACACAGCGGCUAUGGAUAUGCUACAUGAUGCCCAAGACGUUAUUGUACGUAUAUGUAUAAUUUUAGAAGGUUUUUGGCCCAAAUCAUAUUGUUUGAAACCCAUCAAUGAUAGAGAUAUAUAUAAAGACAAAAUAGAGCACCCAAAAAAACGCUUUUUUAAACCACGACUCACCAUUAUUAGCAUUACAUAUAGAAACUCACAAGACGUGUAGGUACACUGGUUGAGUGGGUCAGGAGAUAAAAUAGCUAUAUUUGUGUUGUACACACUUGGUUCCCAUCACCACCACUGUAAAAAAAUAAAAAAAAUAUUUGUUAAGUCAACAGUGAUCCAUUUUACAUCAAAUUAGUCUGAAUGGCUUUGUUUGCAUCUUAAAGGUUCAAUUAUGUAGAAAUUUAGAAAAGUCAAUAAAAAAAAGAGGUUUUAGGGAAGCAACAUCAGAUCUUCUAUGGUAGUGUUCCUUUUUGACACCUUUUUGAAGAAAUGAAGUGAAAACAGUUGUGAGAAAAAGGCCAAAAAUGAAAAAAAAAAACCCACUCAUCAAUAACAAGCAUCACAUAGUUGAGUGUGCUCAUGAGGAUCUGUAUUUCACUGUAGGAGAAUUUUAAAUAUGCAGACUGGCAACUAUGCACUGUCAUUGAAAAGAUACAUUUUAACUGAUUUUUUUUCAUUUUUUAUUUUUUUAACUGAAGCAUAUCAUUUACUUUUAUCUGUUCUGAUAAGUUGAUCACAAAUAUCAAUGCCAGACCAAAAGCUAUUAAGUCUAUGACGUUUGUUAUGUCUGAUAAGUUGUGGUCCUAUGUUGCUGUUAUUAUUACAGUAUUCAGGCCAAGUUGUUUGGAGAUUAGUGACUUGUGUUGGACACAGCAGACAAAGUGCAGCAAUCUCACGGUUGUUUGUUUGGGCAAUACAAGUCAAACACAGUCCACCGUGAAACUGAAUGUCCUUUUCCUUCCAUAUUUGUUUAAAGUAAUAGUCCAGAAUUUUUCAACUUGAUCUCAAUGGUUUUUACAUCUGUAGAAAAAAUUUUAAAUGGAUAAUAACUUUGUUUUAAGCAAAAUAACAGAAGGAAAAAACUAAUUUAUGAUACAAGCUGCUGAAGCAACUGCCCAUUGGCUUCUAUUAUAAGUUUAUUACCAUAUUGGCUUCUAUUCUGUUACUUCUCUUCUUGUUGGUGCUUUGAAAAGAUUGAAAAGUUGAAAACACCCGACUCCAAUUCCAGGGUGAAUGCUCAAAUACCACUGUUGAACCUGCGGUAUUUGGCAGGUGCCAUUGCAUCAACAUGAAACAAACAAAAGAUAAGACUAGCGAAUAAUGCUGGCAGUGUCAAAGUCAGUAAUCUACAUUGUAUGCAUUGUGCCAUCGGUGAUAGUGGGAAAUUCACUUGCCAAAUUUCCAGAUCUUAAUUUACCAUUGUCUCUUUUAUUCAUCUGUUUGUUGUACUGUUUAACUGUUCUAUUCCAUUUUUCUCUUCAAUGCAGCAUUUAAAACUGUGAUGUCAGCUACCACUAUUCUAUCCUCAUUAAAUUCAAUCACAGGUACAGAAGCUUGCAGUAGAAUAGCUUCCAGUGCCCCAUCUCUAUAAAUGGAUAUUCAUUUUGUGGUCUUUAAAUGACACAGCUGCAUCUUCUAUAUCUAACAUUCGCCAAAACAGUGAACACAUUUGAUUGCUAGCAUAUGUGUACAGUUACAUAACGAACUUGGAGCAAUGAGGGUUGUGCGAUUUUCAGUUAUACUUCUUUAGGCUCUAUACUUCUUUCUACUUAAUACUUCUUUUUUUGUCAGAAAAGAAGCAGACAAAACCAGUUUUGUGGACUUUCAAGAUAUGUAUGUUUUGGCUUUUUAAUGCAUCAGUGCCCAUACUUUAAUAUACCAAGAACCCAAUCAGAUUUAAGAUUAUUUUAAUAUUUUAUACACUCUUCUCCAAAUUGAUUUCUCUGCACUGUGCAAAUACGUAGGUUUAGCAUAUUUACUGAAAUAGACCCAUCCAGGCUCCACCCACAAAUGCAUUCUAUCAUAGCUACUGUUGCAAGCCUGGACAACUUGUACCGAACAUUGGCAAAAGUACCAUCCUACCUAAGUGGUCUUUAGAGUCACUAUAUAACUCUUCCAGUUAAUCAAAACUAGGUAACUACAGUUGCUAUCAUGCUAAUGUUAUUACAUCACCAAAACUACACAAUAAUGUGAGCUGUAAAUUUAAUCAUGUGUUCUCUUCAGAUUUCAUAAGAAUGCAUUUGUGGGCACGACCUUGAUUAGGUCAUGUAGCAGUUACAGGGCAAAAAUGUGUUUUUUUUUCUUGGUGAACAUUUAAUUUACCAAUUGCAACUAUUCACAUGAUGGUUCAUCUGAUCAGUAACAGGAACUUUGAUGUUAAUGAAUAUUAAGGAAUAUUUGCUCUUUUCUGAUGCUUGUGUGUGAAAUUCCUUACUGAAUAUUUUUACUGGUCAUCUUUUCUGUCUGAAAUGUUCAUAAAAGGAGCUGUGCAGGGGUGGAAGUUACAAGUCUUACUGGACUAUGCCUUACUUUCAUGCAAUGGCAGACUGCCAGAAUAUAAUUUGGGUUUAUUUGCUGUAUAUUUGUUAUUUAUACGUUAAAAAAAUAAUAAUAAUAUUGUGGAUGUUUACCACAUGCAAUCGUGCCUGUGAUUAAGUGGAUUUAUCUGAUUUUGUUUCCAGAUCCACCGUUUUCAUGUUCUCAAAUCUAAUUUAUACUGUGUACAGUUCAAGCUGCUUCUAAGCUGUUUUUGUUCAAAAUAAACAUACCUGACAUUUAAGGUUGUGAACAUGA